GAAGAAAGACGUAAAGGUCAAGGUGGGCGAGCAAAUGUCAGAUACUGAGCUGGUGGAUCCUUUGCCGGAGAAGUUACGCUCGACAGUGAACGCCAGACUGAAGAACGAUCUAAUCGUGUGCGCGGUGAUCGGCACCCUGUCUUUUGGAAUUCAUCGUACGACGGUGUUCACCGCUCUGCAACCGGAGCUCAAUCCGGUACUGUGGAGUAAACUCUUAUGUUUCAUCGUUUUCCUAGAAAUGAAGGACAGAAAGCUAGAUGGAUUAACAGUAUCAGGAAUAUUAAUGGAUCUACUUGGGAGCCUAAGGAUCCAUUGUUUGUGUGCUCUGAGCAUUUUGACAGGUUUUCUUGGGAGCGUGUUAGAGAAGAUGGUAAGAGGAAACUGAAAAUCGGAGCAAUUCCUUCAGUUUUUAACGAUAGUCUCCCAUCGAAGCUAUUUAAUGAACAUACAUAUUCAAUGCCAUUACCUGUUAGCGCAAACUUAAAGGGUCAAAUAUCAGGGAAAGUUAAAAU